AUGGCAACUCUGUGGUACUGCUGCGGUUGCAACUUCGGCCCCCAUAACGCCGAGCUCUACGACUCCUGCAUCGGCUGUGGUAAAUACGUCUGCUCCAUGUGCACUCGCGAGAAGGUCACCAACAGCAACUACAACCACUCCCACUCCCACUCCCACGCAGCCCACGGCUGCCCCGAGUCCUCGCCCUACCCAUCCGCCGUGACCAUCGGCCCAUCGCACUCCCUCUCCCUGCAGACCAAGACUAUGGCUGCCACUGGAUUGGGAGAUCUCCACAGCAUUCGAUCUCUAUCACGACGAAUGCCUAUGGCACUGGCCUCGCCGUUCCCCGGCGCCAUGCAAUGCUACACCGAGACAUACAUGUACAUCUGCUGCCGAUGCGGUGAUGGACCCAAGGUCUAUAACAACCAACCUCGAUGCGUUUCUUGCGAUCACGAGGCUUGCAGCAGCUGCGAGCAAGUCAAGUAA